AUGGCAGCACAACAAUCUCAAGGAAUUCAAGCUUUACUCGAUGCCGAAAAAGAAGCCGCCAAGAUUGUCGAAAAAGCCCGUGAAUAUCGAGCUCAAAAGAUAAAAGACGCUAGAGGUGAAGCUUCGAAAGAAAUUGAAGCACUUAGAUCUAAACGUGAAGAAGAAUUUAAAGCUUUUGAAUCUACUCAUACUGGUUCCACUGAUGAUCAACAACGUGAAAUUGAUACCGAAACAGAAGCAAAAAUUGAAUCCAUUAAAGCUGAAUUUGGAAAGAAUAGAGAAACAGUAGUCAAGAACUUGUUAGAAAAAGUCAUUGAUGUUGAUCCUGAACCUCAUCGAAACUUUAAACCUUUGAAAGCUUAA